UGUGUUACCUGGUUAAUUUGUACAUAAUAUCUUAUUUUCUUUAGAACACUCAGUUUCUUAUUUUUUUGAGAUUUGUUUAUGCAAAUAAGUGAUAAUGGCAGGCGGUUUCGUCAAGGGUGAGAUAAAGUUGGAUACGAAGCCAAUUUAUUAUUCCGGCCAAGUUGUAUCAGGAUCCAUAGACUUUAGUCUGGAUAUUCCAAUAUCUUUUUCUGUAAUCUACAUACAAUUUAUUGGAGAAGCCACAGUGUCUUGGAAUGAGAGUGAAAUUGAGACUGUGAAUGGUGUCGAGAAUCAUAAAAUUAUAAAUUAUGUUGGGAGAGAGGAAUACUUCAACCAAAAAGUGACACUAGCUGGUGGGACAGGUGUUUCCCAACUAUCUGCUGGUCCCCAAUCCUACGCCUUCAAAUACCAGCUCCCAUUCAAUGCCCCUUCCUCUUUAAAACGGGAACAUGGUAAAGUGACUUACACCAUGAAAGCACACCUGGUUCAUGCAGACCCUUCAAUACUGGUAGAUGAGUUGGUAAAAGAUUUCGAAGUUGUAGCACCUUUUGAUUUGAACUUGGGAAGUCCUAGAGUAAAACAACCUACAGAAUUGGAAUUUGAAGAAGUAUACGGCUGCGACUGUUUCUGCAGUACCAAUCCUGUUACCAUACGCGUUAAGCUACCAGUGUCAGGAUACUGUCCUGGGCAGGUCAUACCUAUUGCUAUUGAAGUUGUCAACAAAAGCAGUGUCGAAAUCACCAAGAUGAUCUUCCAAAUUGUGUCGAAAGAGUUAUACCGCAGUCACCGACCGCCGUCUGAAUACAUUCUACCUGAGACAGUUCUGUCGACUACAAAGAAAGGUCCCGUGAUGGCACGGAGCAAGCGGAACCUGACCUGCGACCUUGUGGUGCCCGAGAUCAUACCGCCCUAUCUCGAGAACUGCGGCAUCAUCGAUGUCGGCUAUUUCUUCCGAGUAACAAUAAAACUGUCAGGAUGUAACGAUGAACUACAAGAUGAAGCGGAGAUUUGUCUGGGAUUGGUGCCUGUAAGAGAAUUCACUGAGGAGUAUGUGCAUCCUUUGGCGCAUAAUCUACCGGUUGGACCUAUACCUGAUGCCAGUCAAGCCCCACCGCAUCUUCUUCUCCCGCCUGUCACCAUUGGCUUUAGGGGAUCCAACACUAGCCUGAAUAGAGUGCAGGUCGCCCCGUCUCAACUCAGCCCCUACCAAAACAACCCUCCUCCCUACCCUGGCUUAAAUAACAGUUACCCUGGAUCAAGAUCAACAUCUCCAGUGUCAAUGGAAAUGAAACCCAAAGUUGAGAUAGGUUUCACAGUACCAGCUGGUGCUAAUACGGGGUAUCCGGGUGCUGGGUCGGGGUAUCCGGGUUCUGGGUCUGGGUAUCCGGGUGCUGGGCCGGGAUAUCCGACUAACCCACCGGUGGGAGGUUACCCUCCCUCUUAUGCGGCUAGUGUUCAACCACCAUAUCCUACUGGGAAUAUGCCUAGCAGUGGCCCGCCUUAUUCUCAAGGAGGAUUUGCACCGUCAGCUCCACCGCCUUCUGUGUAAGUACAAUCACAAAUAUGGAACAAAACAA